AUUUUGCGAUAUGAACAUUAUUUACCAAGGCUCAACCGUCAACAAUAUUUACAUAUUUAGUAUUUUCUUGUUGCAUGUCAAUUUGAAAUCUGAUUACAUUUUAUCAUGAAGGAAAGUACCACAAAUAGUGCUAAUCGCCGAGGAAGAAACGUUGCCAGACGUGGUGUUCGAGAUUUCCGCGGAAGGGGUCGCGUUGAUAAUGCUGGCUACAGUGGAGCCUCGCAGGGAUCGACAGCCCGCGAGGCCAACCUCAAAGGAUCCCAAAGAAGUGGAAUUGCUCGUAAGAAGCUGGAUGGCUUAAACUGCAAACUGGUGAGAUGUUUCUUGAAAUCCGAGGAGGCAGAAGUCGAAGCGCAUCAGACAAAGAAGAAUGACGACAUGGAUCAGGGAGAAGCUGUAAAUCCGGAGAAUAAAGAUGAAGUUUCAGAAAAAGAUUCCCCCCAAAAGGAGAAUCAUAAACCUCCUGAAGAAGAUGGCGUUCAACAGAAGAAUCUGGAUAAUAUUUUGAUUGGAGACGGCGUUCCACAGGAGAAUAAGGACCUAAUUCCGGACGGAGAAGUCAUCAAACAACAGAAUCAGAAUAUAGUUCCAGGGGAAGAUGUCGUUCAGCUGGGCAAACAGAUUGAGGUUUUGGGUAAAGAAUAA